CUCCGGCCAGUCGAACCCAACCUUUUAUCUUCAGAAGGAGGGGCAUGCUUACGUGCUCAGGAAGAAGCCCCACGGCCCCCUCCUGGCCGGGGCUCACAGGGUCGACAGGGAAUAUCGUGUGCAGAAGGCCCUGUUUGCAGCGGGGUUCCCAGUGCCUGAGCCCCUCUUGUACUGCGGUGACGCUUCUGUCAUCGGGACAGAGUUCUAUGUAAUGCAGCACGUGCAGGGCCGCAUCUUCCGGGACGCCUCGCUGCCCGGCGUGGGCCCGGCCGAGCGCUCCGCCCUGAGCGUCGCUGUGAUGGAGACACUGGCCCUGCUCCACUCCUUUGGCCUACAGUCACUGGGCCUGCAGGGCUAUGGCAGAGGCCCAGGGUACUGCAGGAGACAGGUAUCCACCUGGAAAAGACAGUAUGAGGCAGCUGCUCACGCUGACAUUCCUGCCAUGAACAAGCUGGCUGAGUGGUUAGCAGAUAACCUGCCACCUGGAGAUGAUGAAGAAAGCCUGACCCAUGGGGACUUCAGAAUAGACAACAUCAUCUUCCACCCAACAGAGGCUCGUGUUCUGGCAGUGCUGGACUGGGAACUUUCAACUGUGGGCCAUCCGAUGGCAGAUCUGGCCUAUGCCACCCUCUUCCACUUCUGGCCACCAGCCACUAAAGCCUUAGGUCAAGGAUCUGCCUUGGCUCUCAAAGACACUGUAGAAAGUCCUUCAUUUGAAGAGCUGGUUUCCAUCUACUGCCGCUGCCGGGGUAUUAGCACUGCUUUACCCAACUUCAACUUUUUCCUUGCUUUAUCAUAUUUUAAAUUGGCAGCAAUAGCCCAGGGGGUAUAUGCCAGAUACCUCCUUGGAAAUGCUGCUGCAGAGAAUAGUCACGAAUUCGCUAAGAUGGUGAAGCCUCUGGCCCAGAGAGGGUUGGAGCUCUCACAGAGGUCAUCUUUCAGCAGCACACAUCCCAGUGCUUCUGGAGAGCUAUUCUGUCAGAGCAGGAGAGGCCAGGAAAUGUUGCUGAAGGUCAAGGAGUUCAUGAAGCAGCAUGUAUAUCCUGCUGAGAAG